AUGAAAAGCAACAAGGAGAAGAAAGAAAUCCUCAUGAAGGAAAGACGAAUAAAAAUGCAACAUUUACACGAUCUAGAAAUUUAUUGCCAGUUCAUUAUGCUUCAGAAACAAUGUUGUCCAACAAAGAGACAUUUAUUUUAUAUUUCUAAACGAUAUGCUUUUCACGACAAAAAGCUUCAUUAA